UAAAGUCUCACGUAUGACCGCUUAAACAGAGUGGGAAGAGGAAACGGUGGUAUGGCACAUUGGACAACACUGAGGUGACCGUCGACUGUGAACAUCUUUAAAGUGAAGUCUCGUGAGAUGCCAGAGUUUGUGUCAGGAUCCUCUGAGAUAAAAUGGCGUUGUUGUUGUUGCCAUCACCUGUGCUUCUGGCUCUUGUUUUCCUCUCAGUAGAAGUGGCACUCUGUACAGGAAGUAAUAAAUGUGUCGCCAGAAACUUUGGCCAUGACUCUGUAGUGUGUGAGUGUAACUCGACCCACUGUGACAGUGUUGGGCCAGUCACCUUGCCUCCACUGGGCCAGUACGCCUCCUACCUGAGCAGCAUGGCCGGCAGCAGACUGGACGCGGGCCAGGGUCAGGUCCAGGUGAACAGCAGCGGGACAGGCCUCAAGUUGACUAUCGUUCCGUACCAGAAGUACCAGAAGAUCAGGGGCUUUGGUGGAGCUAUGACAGACGCAGCAGCCAUUAACAUCCUGUCUCUUUCUGCCGGUGCACAGGACCAGCUGCUGCGACAGUACUUCUCCCCUGAAGGUAUUGGCUACAGCGUUGUGCGUGUGCCCAUGGCCAGCUGCGACUUCUCCACCCGUCUGUACACGUAUGCUGACACACCUGGAGACUACAACCUGGACAACUUCACCCUGGCUCCUGAGGACAUCAACAUGAAGAUCCCUCUCCUGCAGCGUGCUCAGGCCUUGUCUCCUCGCCCCCUGUCUCUGCUGGCCAGCGCCUGGAGCGCCCCCAUCUGGAUGAAAACUAACGGUGCUCUCAUAGGAAAGGGCUCCCUGAAGGGUCAGCCUGGGGGCAAGGAGCAUAAAACCUGGGCUCAAUACUAUAUCAGGUUCCUUGAGGAAUACGCUAAAUAUAACUUGACCUUCUGGGCUUUGACCACAGGGAAUGAGCCCUCUGCAGGACAGAUGACAAACUACAGUUUCCAGGCUCUUGGCUUCACUCCCGAGGAGCAGAGGGACUGGGUGGCUCUGGACCUCGGCCCUGCCCUGCACGCUUCUUCACACCCACGCACACACGUUCUCAUCCUGGAUGACAACCGCCUGCUGCUGCCUCACUGGGCUAAAGUGGUCCUAACUGAUGUUCACGCAGGCAGAUACAUUCACGGUGUGGCAGUUCACUGGUACCUUGACAGCUUCGUCCCGGCUGAGAUAAGCCUAGGAGUCACCCAUCACCUGUACCCAGAGUAUUACCUGUUUGGCACUGAGGCCUGCUCUGGCUGGAGCCCACUGGACAGAGGGGUGAAGCUGGGCAGCUGGGACAGGGCUGCGCAGUACGCACAUGACAUUAUAGAGGACUUAAAUCAUUAUGUGGUGGGCUGGACUGACUGGAACCUGGCCUUGGACCAGACUGGUGGGCCAAACUGGGUUAAAAACUUUGUGGACAGCCCUGUUAUAGUGGAUGCAAAGCGGGAUGUCUUCUACAAGCAGCCACACUUCUAUAGCAUGGCGCACUUCAGUAAGUUCCUGUGGGAGGGGUCUCAGAGAGUGGGUGUGUCCGCCAGCCAGGAGACGAAGCUGGAAUAUUCUGCCUUCAUCAGAACAGACGGCUCAGUAGUGCUCAUCGUACUCAACAGGUCACCAUCAGUGAUUCAGUUUGAAGUCAGGGAUCCUGCUGUGGGCUACAUCUCCUCCACUGCUCCGGCUCAUUCCUUGCUCACACUCGCUUGGAACACACGCUGAUGAUUAACGCUUCAGUUGGUAACUUUAAUCAUAAUAACUUAUUGUCAUAUUUGCUGAAAUUGACCCUUCGCUAAGUCCCACCCUCUGACGCAGACUGGCCAAUAAUAACAUAGCAUGGGUCCGGCUCAGACCAGGAUCUGACAACAACACAGCUCCAUUGACUGUAAUGCAAUUGUUUCAGAUUUCCUUCAUGUUCAGGCUGGUUUUGUGGAUUUGGAGCUAAAUGUUGUGCCUGGGGCAUGUCGUGUAUUAAUGAUACUCGUUACCUGGAGAGGUUGGAAAAAGAUAUACGUUUCUUCCCUGUUCCAAAACCAAAAUCAAGCCCUGAAAAGUGUAGGGUUAGCUAGCUAGCUACUGAAGAUAUAGCCUACUGAAUGUAUACACAUGCUGCUUUUGCUUUUUAAUGAUUAAAACAGUGAAUAAAGACCGACCCUGCUGUACAGGAACCAGUGAAGUGAUGCCACACAGCUGGUUCAAUAUCAGCAAAGUUUCCCUUUAUAUUCAUUGUCUUGUGUGGCGAUCAGCAGUGAUGUGGUGGUUCACUUUCACACUGUGAUCUGUAGCCUAUAGUUCGGCUUUAGCUUCUAACUAUCUUUGUCUUUUUAACCUGUUGUUGCUGCUGAGUCAGUUUGACAUCCUGGAUAUAUCCUUCAAACACAGACUGUAGACCCCUUUGUCUGCUUCUCUCUGGAAUCACUGUUUCAUUUCUCCAAAGAUAUGAUAAUAUUUCUUCAGGGAGUGCAGUUAGUUACAGUGUGGGCUCCACGCUUAGUCUGACAGCUUGACGGACCAUCACAAAGGGGCGGGGCUUAGCGAAAGGCCAAUUGUCACCUCAUACAAACAGUAGUGCAUGAGACAGAGGGUCUGGGAUUAAAAUACCAAUGCCAUUUGAAGCACUACAAGGAAGGUGAAAGGAACAUGUACUACUGUCUGGUUGCAGUGGCAAUUUCAGCAAAUAUGACAGUUGUUUUUAUAAAAGUUACUACCUACAGCUUUAAUACAACUUCACAUACAUUUGUUCCACCUCCGCCGUGUCACAAAUGUGUCCGUGCGCAUUUCAAAAUGCCACAAAAACUAAGCACUUCACGUUGGAACAUUCUCAUUACCAAAGCGGUAAUUACUUUAAGUGCUUUGUCGGUAUCGAGCCACUCACAUGCACGUUUUCAAAUUAACAGGUGCAAGAUUUUCUUUUUGUCCACAGCUUUAGUGAUUUCAGCAGUCACUUAAAUUAACCUCAGUAAACAAGAAUAACCUCAACUCAUUUGAUUUGCAUUUGUAUGCACCAAUCAUCAGGAAUCAUACCUAAGAGGAAUGAAUGUAUCACCUGUGCCGAAGUGUAACUGGUGCCUUGAUUACCUGCUAAUACAACGCUUUAAGUGUCCUCAACAUCUCGUAAGAAAUAAUAUAAUGUACAGAAAUUGUAAAUGCCUUGCUGUUGCUGUUUAAUUUUAAAUAAAGCACAUAUUGUUUUAAAAUAUCCCACGUUUUCAAGUAUCUUUGAGUGCAGGACAUAAUGACAUUUAUAAUCAAUGAAAAUUCAACUGUGCCAGUUUUUUUGUCAAUUUAUUAAUACAUCAUAGACAUUUUUUCAUAUAUAUAAUAUACAGUUUGAUAACCUGGUAUUUCACAUUUGUGUCUCCAUUCUUAUUAUUUUUUUCCUUUGCAAACCAUAAGUUGUUGGACUAAAAUUAUUUACAUCAAGAGUGAUAAAAAAUGUGAAACAAAAGACGGUCAUAAACAGAGGAAUAAGACGACAGAGGGAUGCCAUCUGUUUAUAAUAUAUACACCAGGAGGAGCAUGUUUAAAUCUAAAGUAUUAGGUAAUGGGACGAACUUUGUAGAUUUUUUUAUUUCAUUCCCUUACUGGCAUGACAUUUAAUUUUUAUUCCCAAUAGGUGUAAGGAACCCUCUUGCUUUCACUCAAUGUCACAGCUUUCAUUUUUCCAUUUGUGGCCGUUAAACAGCGGCGACGACGUGAUUCCUAUAUAAAAUACUCUUUUAUUGAAGUGCACCGCAGAGCGUGGACGCAAUAAUAUGAACACCUUCACAAUGCAAACCGAUAAAAAAAUCACCAGAAUAAAUAAGCAGAGUUCAAUCAAGAUCUUCCUGACAAAAUCUCUCAACAGAACAUAACAUUUAUUGCAGGGCUGUCGGUGUUCAUGUUGUUAGGUCCACACUCUGUAAAUGCCAAGAGUGAAAGUAACCCCUAUAGUAUUCCCAUGUGACGUACAGGGCUCAGUUGCAGGAUUUCGCUAAUUUUCCGAUGGGUUAAGAUGGCGUGGUAUAUGAUAUAAAGUCUGGCAUUUCCCCACAAUAGUGUAUUCGCAGCAGUGCAUUUUAAGAAAGAUGGAAAAGGAGUUUGCUUCAGAGGUGGAAGUCGAGAAGACAUGGGCUUGAUCAUCGUCAUUCUAGGCUGGUUUGUUGUGAGGCAAAAAAAAGAAGAUCUAGCAGACCUCGACCGACUGUUAAGACGUCUGUACGGGUAUCUGUAUACAUGGUUGAGGAGAAAGGCAUUAAAAUAGAAAAUAAAAAUACAAAAGAAAAA